AUAAGGAAAUACAUUUAACGUGUGGUCAGAGCCCGUGUAGACAUUCUCUGGUGUGGUGCAAUAGAUAGACAAUAAAACGCUGGUGCUGUUGACUGUUGAUGGAGUCGACAUGACUCUAAAGAAAGCAAUCAUUGUGCCAGGGAAUGGAGCCGGAGAUGUAGAGCAUUGCAACUGGUACGGGUGGGCAAACAAGCAGAUCAAUAAGAUUCCAGGUAUGACCAGCCUGCUUAGGAACAUGCCGGACCCAGUGACCGCGCGAGAGACCAUCUGGCUGCCCUUCAUGGAGGAGGAGCUGAAGUGCGACGAGGAGACCGUCAUCAUCGGUCACAGCUCGGGGGCGGCGGCCGCCAUGAGGUACGCGGAGACCCGCAAAGUGUUCGCCAUUAUCCUGGUUGGGGCGUACACCUCGGACUUAGGAGACGAGACCGAGAGAGAGAGUGGCUACUUCAGUCGGCCAUGGCAGUGGGAGCAGAUCCGAGGAAACGUGAGCCACAUCGUCCAGUUCGGCUCCACUGAUGACCCGUUCCUGCCCUGGGAGGAGCAGGAGGAGGUGGCCAAGGGCUUGCAGGCGGAGCUACACAAGUACUCUGACCGCGGCCACUUCAUGAACUCCCAGUUUCCCGAGCUCAUUAACGUGGUCAAGAAGCUCAAAGAAGCUGCGUAAUAAUGCAACAGGCAUCCACAAUCAGCCGUUUUUUUUUCUGCACCACAGUUACGACGCAUGUCCCACAUCAAUUCCACACUGUAGUUCUUUACAGAAUCACACAACAGCACAAAAUGCAAAAAUGGAUUCUUUAAACUGGUAUUCACUGACACAAGUUUGCAAGUUCCUUUCACAGAGAAAGGAAAAUGGUUAGAGACUGAUAAAAUAUUUGAGAAUGGGUCAAAGAUAUAAAUAUCAAUAUUGAUGUCAAA